AUUCAAUAAGUUAUAUUCAUUUAUACACUUAUUGUGUUAAGUACUAGGUCAGUGGUUUCAUUUGCUGAAAUAAUGGAGCUAGGUUAAACAUCAAGGUAUGUGAGCUUGUAUAUGAAAUGUUCAACUUGGACAAUUUCUGUUUAAUAUCUCAAGUAAUUCACUAGAUGGAAAGAAAAUUGAAAAUAUAUGCAAUAUGCCAUAUAAGAAGCACAAUUUAACUUUAAUUUUUGCAAAAGAAUAAUUUUGUGAUUUUAUAUUCAGAAUGAAAUAUACAUGUAUUUUCAUUCUAGUAUUAGGAGUCUGAAGCUUUUUAGCGCGAUUAGUGGGGGUUAUAAGAUAAAAGAUGUAUUCAAAACAUAGGAAAUCACAUGAAACGAGUUAGCAAUUUUAUUUUUCCAGAUUAUUUUCUCAGCUAGGAGGCCAGAAAAAGAAGAUGUUUGCAUAGACUUGAACCAAGAAUUGAACCAGAUAUUUUUAACAUUGAUUGUGAAGAAACAGUUACACAUGACUUUGUAAAUAGAAAUAAGUUUACUAGGAAAGUGAAUAUCAUAAGGCUGGUUUAUGAACAUUGGAAUAAUCAUAAACAUUAUGGAGGGAGAUAAUUUGAUAAGUGACUCUGCACAUAUAGCUGAUGGUGAAACAAAUGCGAUGUCAGAUCAUACCCAGAAGUCAGCCACUGAUUGCAAAAAGGUGCAUAAAUGUGACAUUUGCUUAAAAUUAUUUAAGUUGAAAUCUCAGCUUAAAGUCCACUAUAGAAUUCACAUGGAUGAAAGGAAUUUUAAGUGCGAUGUUUGUUUAAAAUCUUUUUUGCAAAAGUCUCACCUUAAAGUUCAUUCUCGAAUUCAUAAUAAAAUCCAUACCGGAGAAAUCAAGUUGAAAUGUGAUGUUUGUUCUAAAACAUUUAGCCUUAAAUCAUCUCUGAAAAGACAUGUUAAAAUCCAUACUGGAGAAAGGAACUUCAAAUGUGAUGUUUGUUCUAAAACAUUUAUCAGUCAAUCCAAUCUGACAAUACAUGAAAAUAUUCAUACUGGAGAAAGGAACUACAAAUGUGAUGUUUGUACUAAAACAUUUAUUACUAAAUCACAUCUUAAAACACAUGCUAAAAUCCAUACUGGAGAAACCAAGAUGAAAUGUGAUGUUUGUUCUAAAACAUUUAGCACUAAAUCAUCUCUGAAAACACAUGUUAAGAUCCAUACUGGUGAAAGGAACUUCAAAUGUGAUGUUUGUUCUAAAACAUUUAUCACUCAAUCCAAUCUGAAAAUACAUUUUAAAAUUCACACUGGAGAAAGGAACUACAAAUGUGAUGUUUGUUCUAAAUCAUUUAUAACUGAGACACAUCUAAGAAUACAUGCUAAUAUCCAUACUGGAGAAUUUAGAUGUAAUGUUUGUUCUAAAACAUUUAGCACGAAAUCACAUCUGAAAAAACACGUUAAAAUCCAUACUGGAGAAAGAAACUUCAAAUGUGAUAUUUGUUCAAAAACAUUUAUCACUCAAUCUGAUCUUAAAAUUCAUGUUAAUAUCCAUACUGGAGAAAGGAAAUUGAAAUGUUAUGUUUGUUCUAAAACAUUUAUUUCUCAUUCCAAUCUGAAAAGCCAUGUUCAAAUCCAUACUUUAGAAAGAAACUUCAAAUGCGAUGUUUGUUCUAAAACAUUUAUCACAAAUUCAUAUCUGAAAAUGCAUGUUAAAAUCCACACUGGAGAAAGGAACUUCAAAUGUGAUGUCUGUUCUAAAACAUUUAUCACUAAAUCUGACCUGAAAAGACAUUUUAAAAUCCAUACUGGAGAAAGGAUCUUCAAAUGUGAUGUUUGUCCGAAAACGUUCAUCACAAAAUCAAAUCUGAAGAUACAUGUUAAAAAUCAUACUGGAGAAAGGAACUUUAAAUGUGAUGUUUGUUUUAAAACACUUAUUACUCAAUUCAAUCUGGACAGACAUGUUAAAAUCCAUAUGGGGGAAAAGAAUUUCAAAUGUGAUGUUUGUUCUAAUGCAUUUGCAACUAAAUCCAGCUUGAAAAUGCAUGUUAAAAUUCAUACUGGAGAAAGAAAUUUCAAAUGUGAUGUUUGUUCUAAAACAUUUAUCACUAAGUCCCAUCUGAAAAGACAUGUUAAAAUCCAUACCGGAGAAAGGAACUUCAAAUGUGAUGUUUGUUCUAGAACAUAUGUCACUAAUUCUGAUUUGAAAACCCAUGUUAAAGUCCAUACUGGAGAAAGGAAUUUCAAAUGUGAUAUAUGUCCUAAAAGAUUUAUCACCCAAUCCGAACUGAAUAGACAUAUUAAAUAUCAUUCUGGAGAAAGGAACUUUAAAUGUGCUGUGUGUUCUAAGGCAUUUGUCACUAAAUCGGAUCUGAAACUACAUCUUAAAAUUCAUACUUGAGAAUGAAACUUGAAAUGUGAUUUGUUCUCAAAUAUAUAUGUCGUUCCCAUCAAAAAAUACAUGUUAAAUUCCAUACUGGAGAAAGGAACUUGAAAUGUAAUAGUUGUUGAAAAACAUUUGUUACUACAGUACUAAAACCAAUCUUAGUACAAAUGUUAAAAUCCAUACUAAAGAAAGACACUUCAAAUAUGAUGUUUGCUCUGAAGCAUUUAUCACCAAAUCCUACCUGAAAAGACAAGUUUAAGUUCAUUCUAUACAUUACAAAGCGUUGCGCUUUUAACUAACAUAACAUUCAUUUGAUAUUAAAAAUAGCUUUGGCUAGAGGUCGAAUCUCGUUUAUUAAGAACAUGACCUAUUGAAUACACCAUAUAAUUUUCCAGUAGUGUAAAUUUAUGCAUCGUUUAUGAACAUCGGUAAUAAGGUAUGCCUACAGAUGCAUGUCUGAGUUGAUUUGGAUUACUAGUACAUAAAAUCGUAAGGACUGAUACUUAAUGGUAUGUUGAAAAAACUUUCGAUUGAUUGAAUGCAUUAAUUUUCACCAUUAAAACCUCUAUCUGAGGAGCCUCGAAAUGUGGCCUGAAAAGGUAUGAACUAAUGCAUGGAACCUAUCAAACGUUGAACAUGUUUAACCUGUAAGGACGUUUAAGAAGGUGUUAACUGUAUAGACGACCUAGCCAGAAUGAUUUCGUCACUCCUAAACACUACACACCUAUUCACUCACUCAUAUUCUACUCUCAUUCGAAAAUAGCGUUCGAUUUUCGUAACGCUUAAAGCUACACUCUGUAGUAAUAUGUAGGAAUAAUUUAUAUUCUAUUCGUUUCAGACUAGUGGACCUUAACUUAAGACUAAUAAAAUUUUGUGGAUCAUUAUUUAAAAUUACCUCAGUCACAAUGCAUGGAAGUUUGUAUAUACUGAUACCGUAUUAUCUCUAUUAAACGCACAGUGCGCUUAACAACUUCCCAUGGGGGAGAGGUUUCAAGCAGCUAAAUCCCCGGGAAUUCUAAAAAAUUAUGAUGGUGGGCGAUAAUGGGUGAAAAUUUACUUCUAUACCUUAAAUCGAUCAAAUAUAGUAGAUAUGUGCGUUUAUUAAGAGAGAAUAUGCUAUAUGUUAUGUUUUUACCUUGAAUUGUGAGCUCCUGAAAUCGACACAAUAAACCAGUAGGUGAAAAUACUCUAUUAUUGCCCACAAUGUUUUUUUUAUUAGAGCUUCAUCAGAUCUCAAUAUUAUCUGGACAGGACUUUCUAACCUGGGACAAAAAGUCGGGUGUGCGUUUAUUAGAGAGUGUGCGUUUAAUAGAGAUAAUACGGUAAUAACCUUGAAAUGUUCAUGUGAAAUAGAUAUAGGAGAAUAUUUUUUUUCUGUUUUUGUCAUGAUUUAGUCAUUCCAUGUCAUGCCUAUUUUCAGAAACAUAUCAGCCUAUUUUCUAAAACAUAUCAGCCUAUUUUCUGAAAGAUAUCAGCCUAUUUUCUGAAAACAUAUCAGCCUUUUCUCUGAAACAUAUCAGUCUAUUUUCUGAAACAUAUCAGCCUAUUUUCUGAAAACAUAUCAGCCUUUUCUCAGAAACAUAUCAGGCUAUUUUCUGAAAUAUAUCAGCCUAUUUUCUAAAACAUAUCAGCCUUUUCUCUGAAACAUAUCCUACACUUGUUUAUUUCAGAAUAAUUCUUUUCAUGUUAUGUAGAAAAAAUAUUUUUUAAACUAGCAAAUUAAGACAUUUUGUCAUGUUAUAGACAAACUGAAAAAGUUAUUUCAGGCCUCUGAAAAUGUGACUGAAAAUAAUUCCAAAGUGGUGUUAAAGGAAAGGUUGUUAAACAUACUGCUGUUGUAUUUUUCAAAAAUUGACUGAAACAAAAUGGCGGACAUAAAAAGAAAAUGAUCACGUCUUAAAACCAUUUUUUCAAAAAAAUUAAGUUCUCUUUGUUUUGGAUUGUUAGGCACUUUUUCCAUAAAAUCAAUCAAUCUGAAAUUACACAUUUGUAAAUAAUUUAUUUAUUCAAUAACAUAUCAUUAACUUCAUGAAUAAUGAUGUAAGUAACUAAUUGAGUGAUUUAACACAUAUUUGUGCAUUUAAAUUAGUUUUGUAAAUAUAUGUAAGUUAAAUAAUAUAUAAAAAAUGUCUGUUUGUUUUUGGCUAUAAUUUAUCUUUGGUAGCUCACAUACAAAUGGAGGGAUUUGGUUCAAAUCUUAUAUGCUGAUGCCUAGGGAUAAAAGAGCUCUGUUCAAGAGGAAAUUUUGAAGAUGGCCACUAUUUAUUAUACAUGUAACAUGUUUUGUUAUCCCAUCGAAGGAAGUUCGGAGGGAUAUAGGGAACGCCCCUGUCCGUUCAUACGUCCGUCCAUUUGUCCGUCUGGGCAAUAACUCAAAUACCCUUGGCCCGAUUUUGUUCAUAUUUUGUACACAUAUACCCUAUGGGAGUAGAAGUUUUGCUCGAAAGCCAAUUUUCAAAAUGGCCACUCAUUUCAAAAUGGCGGCCAUUUUAGUGCCGAUUUUACAGUAAUUUAGGUGCAAUAUGUAAAACUGUAAUAGCAAUAUGUUUUAAAUGUAAAAAAUUAUAAAGGACAUUAAUAAAGCUAGAAAUGUAGAUAUUACAGAAGCUCAUGGCAGCCAUCUUGAAAAAUGGCGGCCUUUACUCAUUAUUUUACGAUUUUUGCUGAAAAAGUAGUGGAGUGAUUUUGUUCA